AGCUCCAUGCAGUUCAGCACCAGACCGCCUAGUGCUGAGCAGCCGGGCUUCAUGGGGACAUGGCAGCAGCAGAGCACUGACAGCAACCUCCUCUACAGAAUGUCCCAGCAGGUAUGUCCACUCAGCCUCCUCUGCUCAUCCUCUUCACGUCUCUCUCCCCUCUCCUUCUCUUGUCCAUAAUUUUCAUUCUGUCAGGCCAAAUCUAAUUUUUCCUUUCUUUUUCUCUCUAAGAAUGUCUUGACAUGUUUGAUUUGUUAAAAACUACCUCUUAGUCUAAGAAAGUGUGCUGAAUGUGUAUCAGGUGUGUGUAAUAAGUGAAUGAUUGUUGUUGUAUUUUGUUUUCUGAUAGUUUAUAUUAUAAUUUGCACAAGCAUUUUAGCAACUAACCCUAAUUGUAGGAGUCUUUACAAAUAAAUAUGUGCAUGUGUUUAUGUUGUUCUGCUACACACUUUUUGCUUCCAAAUAUUCCAUCAUCCAGCCUCUUUUUUCUGUGCUAUAUUUUUAUUUAACUGAAUGCAUGAGUUGUCAUAUAAUUUUUCUCACCAAAAUCAUCAUGUUUUUUUGUAUUAACAACAAUAUUUAAACAACACAUUUUAUUUUUCAUUUUGGACAACCUUGAAUUUUUUUGACCAUUUGUUGGCUGAUCCCACCUCUUGUCCGGACUAGUUACAUAAACGCUUAAGUCUCCGUAGUUGUUCUGUGAGCGGUGUGGAGUUUAAAAGCAAGCAACAGCCGUGUUUUGGUAACCUCAGUGCCGAUAAAGACUUGGGGCAGGGGCACCCCUCAGGGACCGGCUAAUUAACUUCAUGUGGCCGAAGCAGGAAGUCCCUUGCGCGGCUACAGAGCAGCAGAAGAGCCGUGAACGCACCGAGUACCGCCUGGAAAAGUAAUGAUGAUAACGGACAGCCUGCGCAUGGCCAUUCGCUGCACAUUGGUAAACUGCACGUGUGAGUGUUUCCAGCCUGGGAAGAUUCACCUACGAACAUGUGACCAGUGUAAACAUGGCUGGGUAGCUCAUGCUCUGGACAAACUCAGCACCCAGCACCUCUACCACCCAACCCAGGUGGAGAUCGUUCAGUCCAAUGUGGUGUUUGACAUCAGCAGCCUGAUGUUGUAUGGCACCCAGGCUGUUCCCGUCAGGCUCAAGAUUCUUCUCGACCGGCUCUUCUCUGUGCUCAAGCAGGAAGAAGUGCUGCACAUCCUCCAUGGGCUGGGCUGGACCCUCCGAGACUAUGUUAGAGGCUACAUACUGCAGGAUGCUGCAGGCAAGGUGCUAGACCGCUGGACCAUCAUGUCCCGUGAAGAGGAGAUCAUCACCCUGCAGCAGUUUCUGCGCUUUGGUGAAACCAAGUCCAUUGUAGAACUGAUGGCCAUUCAGGAGAAAGAAGGUCAGGCAGUAACAGUUCCCUCAUCCAAGACAGACUCUGGGAUUAGGACAUUCAUUGAAAGUAAUAACAGGACCCGCAGUCCAGGGCUCUUGACACAUCUGGAAAACAGUAGCCCAUCCAGCAUUCACCAUUUUGAAAAUAUCCCUAACAGCUUAGCCUUCCUCCUGCCGUUCCAGUACAUCAACCCAGUCUCUGCCCCCAUGCUUGGCUUGCCCCCCAACGGCCUCCCAAUGGAGCAGUCUGCCCUGCGGCUUCGGGAACCCAGCCUGCCAAACCAAGGGGAACAAGUGGAGACCAGUGAAUCAGAAGUGUCACUUUCUCCCUUCCGCACAGGUCAGAGUCCUAGUCGCGGUGUUCUGGGACCAAUCAACAACAACAAUGAACCCAAGACAGAACCCAACAACCGUGCAUCACCCAUCUCACCUACCCCUUCCACCCAGCAGGCUCAACAGCAGCAACAGCAUACACAGCUUCAGCAGCAACAGCAGCAGGGCCAACAGCAGUCCCAAAAUCAACCUCAGCAAUCCAACAGCUUAAGUGAUCACCAAGUCCACCACCACUUUGUUAAGGAUGAACCUUCUAAAACCAUUACCCAUCCUUCCUUCUCCUCUAAGAUGCAUCGUAUGCGCCGCAUGGGUGCCACCUCACGUAAGGGACGGGUGUGCUGCAACUCUUGUGGGAAAACCUUUUAUGAUAAAGGCACACUAAAGAUACAUUACAAUGCUGUACACUUGAAGAUUAAACAUCGUUGCACCAUUGAAGGAUGCAAUAUGGUCUUCAGUUCACUGCGCAGCCGCAACCGCCACAGUGCCAAUCCCAAUCCACGGUUGCACAUGCCAAUGCUGCGAAAUAACCGCGAUAAGGACCUCAUCCGUGCCAAUUCUACCGCUGGUACACCAGUCAUCUCAAACAGCAAGAGUGGUGGCUUCACACUUACCAGCCCUGGAAGGCCGCCACUGGGCUUUACUACUCCACCGGUAGACCCUAUGCUUCAGUCCCCCCUGCAAAGUCCACUAGUGUUCCCCUCGCUGAAGUCGGUACAGCCUGUCCAGCCAGUGCCCCCAUUCUACCGAACACUACUGUCCCCAGCAGAUCUUGUCAGUCCUCCAGUGUCACUGCCAACUAGCCCCAUCAUGCCCACUACUACCAACAGCACUACGCUGAUGGAUCAACAACAGCAGAUGCUGGCGGCCGCUGUUGUUUCACACAAUAACAUUCACAUGUCAGAGGUAGGCUCCAUUUCCCAUCGCUUACCAACUCCUAGUGCCAAUCAUGAUCUCACCACUGGCAUCAGUGACCCUACACCCAAGAAGAAACCCCGUAAAUCUAGUAUGCCAGUUAAGAUUGAGAAGGAAGUGAUUGAUGUGGCAGACGAAUAUGAGGACAAAGACGAGGAUGAUGAUGAUAACAUCCACCAUAAUCACCACCAUCAUCAGUCAAGUCUUCUUCACAACAAUGUCAAAAUGAAUGGAAAUUGUAAUAGCAACAACAACAGUGGAAGUGGCACUGGACACCAAAGUGGUGGUAGUGGGCAGCAGUCCCCCUCCCAGGAUGAGAUGAGUCCUGGCUUAGCUCUAAGAGGAAUGAUGAGACAAAGUGAAGAUGAAUGCAGGGAAGGUACUGGCAGUGACAGCAGAGGUGCAGCUUCCGAAUUACGUUGUAUGGAUAGCUUUACCUCAGAGGAUCAAGACCAUGAGAGAGACUUUGAAAAUGAGUCUGAAACCUCAGACUCCAAGAUGUUCUACCGAGAUGAGCUGAUGGAUGUGGAGGAACAGCACAAGCAUAGCAGAGGUCUGGACAAGGAAGACAAUGAGGGUAGUGACGAAGCCCAUUUAAGAAAAGAAAUGGAAGGAAAAGGUCAUUCCUCCCCCAAUCAACCCUCCAUGAAAAUUAAAGAAGAACUCAAUGAUCCAACUUACGACAUGUUCUGCAUGAGUCAGUACGGCCUCUAUAAUGGAGGCAUGGCAGCAGCCGCUGCAAGCAUGGCUGCUCUGCAUGAGAGCUUCAUCUCUUCAAUGGGAUAUGGUGCCAGCCCACCCAAAUUCCCUUCUUCUCAGUCACCAGAAGGAGAUUCAUGUUCAAGUCCUGACCCCAAGAUUUGCUAUGUGUGUAAGAAGAGCUUCAAGAGCUCCUAUAGCAUGAAACUGCACUACAAGAAUGUGCACCUCAAAGAGAUGCACGUGUGCACUGUGGCUGGCUGCAACGCUGCCUUCCCCUCCCGGCGAAGCCGAGACAGGCACAGCUCCAACAUCAACCUGCACCGCAAACUGCUGACCAAAGAGCUGGACGAUAUUGUCCUGGACCCCCAACUCACGCCACUGCCCAAGGACCUGCGAGCUGAGUUACUGGCCAAGAUAUAUGCUGGGUAUCACAUGGGCUUGGACCCUAUGGCCAGAAUGGGUAUCGGAGGUGCCAGCUUUGGGCACCCUGGUCUGAACCACAAUGUCCACUCCCCCAUAAGCAAUGAAUAUUUUCAUCAUCCUCUCAAUCAAGACCUUAAAAACCACCACACCAACGGCCUGCUCCGGGGCCAGCCAGAUGACUAUAUGGUGUUGGAUCUGAGCACCACAUCCAGUGUUCAAUCCAGCAGCAGUAUCCACUCCUCACAUGAGUCAGAAGAGGGCAGCGAUGAAGGCAUUCUAUUGGAUGACUUGGAAGAGGAGGGAGAAGAGGAUGAGGAGGAGGGCAUCAGUGAGGGAGAUGACUUCUCCCAGCGUGCCGAGGGGCGGGUGGAAGGGGGACAUCGGGAUGAUACUGGAGAACUAAAAGAAGGACCAGGUGAGGGGUUGGACGCUUCCUCCUCGCCAUUCUUCCUUUCAUCCACAGGGGGCAGUAAUGGCAGCAGUAGUGGGAUCCUCUGUAACAUCUGCCACAAAAUGUACAGCAACAAAGGGACCCUGCGUGUGCACUACAAGACUGUGCACUUGCGUGAGAUGCACAAGUGCAAAAUCCCCGGCUGCAACAUGGUAUUCAGUUCUGUCCGCAGCCGUAACAGACACUCUCAAAACCCCAACCUCCAUAAAAACAUGCCCUUCUCUACAAUAAUAGACUAAAGAAUGACUUGCCACUCGACCCUCCUGUCAGUCUGCCCGCUCCUCCCUUCAUUCCUCAUCCUUAUUUCUCCUGAAAUUAGCUUUUAACCCCAGCCCAAGACCAUCAAAUACAAGCUAAAUGCCUGUAUGCCUCCUGCCUGUCCUUUACAAGUCACUGUAAGACACUUCUAUCUCCAUCUAUAAAAUUAAUUGACUUUGGAGGAACACACAGGAUGAUGCUCAUAGGCAUUGAGUUUUCUUUAUAACAAAACCCCAGGCUGUUUUUCAUAAGCUCCUUCAUCUUUUCUUUUUUCUAUCUUCUCCCCAGUUCAUGUUUUUUGGCCAUCUCCAAAGAAUCCAUUCAACCUUAUUUGUGACUUUGCCUGCAGAAAUAAUAGUAUUAAAAAAAGAGAAAAUCUUCUUGUUGUAUUUGUGUAAUGAUAGCUUUUAAAUGAUCCCCUAACAAAAGCAUGACAGCUCCAUUUGUAAAUAAUGUCCCAAGAGGCUUUUUGUGUAAGAGUUGUGUUGAUGGUUGUUUGCUUCUUUUUUUCUCUCUUUAUGGUUUUAUGUUACAGUCCAGUACAGUACUUCCAGCUAUAGGCAAGAAAGAGGUAGCAUCUUAAUGGCUCAACACAUUUAUGUUAGCUUCAAAUACGAGAAUUAAACCGGGAAAAAGAAAAAAAAAGUGACUUGUUUUAACUGCUUGUUAGAUAUUCAGAUGUUGCCGGCAUGCUUUUUUAGGCUCCUACACUGAUAUCAUUAUCUGUAUUUCUAUUGAUUUUUACUUUUUUGUCUGUUAUGUAUACCAAUUCAGUUUUUGCACUUUGCAUCUAUACAAGGGGAUGUGUAAUAUUAUUAUAAUGAGGAUUUUUGCAAUGGUGAAUCUAGGUGUUGUUUGGGGUCAUUGAUGGCUACUGUGCCACAGGGGAAGUGACAGUACCUUCAACAUACUGUACUUGUGCCAGUUUCUUUUUGCACAUGCUCAGUUUCAAACUCAACAGAUAGCCUCUUGCCUCUGAACAGAUCCUUCGGCCUUGGCUCAUUGCUUUACAGUCUAUUAAAAAAUUGGCUCCAAAAUACUUUGCUUCAGAACAGGUCCAGGUCUGUGUAAAUGUGAGUUGCUGUUUCACAAACACAAGGAAAUUGAUAGGCAGAGGAGUUGGUAUCUCUUACUCUGUUUGUUUAAGAGGUGUAUGUUUGUCAUGAUCACCAUAAUUACUGACCACAAUCUGUCAACAGCAUGCAAUUAGUUUGUCAAACAAAGUUAUCAAUGCAAGAAAUACUAUUUGUUCUCACAGAAGGCAUCUUAAUAAGAAACAACUGUCUGAUAGAUCUGAAAAGUAGAGAAAAGAGGACAAACAUUGAAACUAGUCUUUUAACUGUGACCAAAAUAUGUUUUCUUAAAAAAAGCUCUUUAGUGUAACAUUGUGCUUAAAUCAUGCCCCCAUUUCCACAAUACAAUGCACUUGAGUCUUAAAAUUUUUGCUGUGAUAUUUUGCUUUACGUUUCCAUUGUUGAGCAUCACCUUAGGACAUACUCUGUAAAAGAUUUAGUCAUUUUUAUUUUGUUGGUUGCAGAGAUUUCCAUGAGUCUUACGGUACAAAUAUUUCCAGUAACUGAAAAAAAAGUAGCCAAGGGGAAGGGGUAUUUAUUAGUGGGUGAUAUAUCUUCAUGAAGAUGUUUUUGUCCAGUAAAAGUGAUUUUUUUUGUAAAAAAAAAAAAAAAAAAAAAAAAAAAAAAAAGACAAAAAAUAGACAUUUUUCAUCAGUUUGUUGAUGUCUUAGCAUUGUCAUGUGUUACUAUACAAGGAGAUCUUCUCUUACUUGACUGGUGCUACACACAGUGGAAAAAUAUGCAGUGUUAUGUGGUGUGUUGUACAAUAUUCACAACACCUUACAUCCAUAACAGUGUUAAGUUACACUUAUUUCACACUUAAGCCAUUUUGCUGUAUAGACAUGACCUAUUCUGUUGAAAUAUUUCAUGUCUUUUUUUAAGGCUCCACCUAUAUGACACAUGCAGUUUCUAGUCCUCUCUUUAGAGAUAAAGAGGGCGAAACAGAGAGCUGAGGCUGAUGGAAAGGUUGCGGAGGUGGAAGGCUGACUAGGGAGGAAAGGAUGACAGCAACGAUCAUUAAAAAUGUGCUGCUUCUCUGUUACCUGGAGGCGUCCCGCCAUUCCAGCUUCUUCUGUCUAAUAACUCACUUGUCACUUCGUUACACUGCCAGACAUCAAGGUUGCUGACAAGACUGUGACACUGACAGAAGGAGAAAAAGAAGGAAAGAGAGUAUGUGCUCUGAACAAUUUAAUUUGACUCAGUCAAUUAAGUUGAAUUCAAUUCAUCUCUUCAUUUUCUAUGUGUGCUUAUUCUUCUUCGGGGUCGGUGGUAAUUCAAUUCAGUUCCUUUCUCUUGUUCAUUUUUUUUUUCUUUGUCUGUCAGAGCACAGUAAUUUAACAACCGCCUUACCCAUUUCUUCAACCCGCCACUCACUUACCACCUCCACACGCCACAGUGCAGAUCCUACAGGGACACACACUAAUAGUGUAUGCUUAAGUUCACUGGACGGCCAUGGCAUAGGAAAAAGGGAUGGGUAAUUGCCUGUUUAUCCCAAGUGAAGGGAAAAUUGAGUACAGGAACCCCUGCCUUGUCCCAGGAGUAGGUUUCACUGAGGCGCUUGCUGCCUCAUUCACUCAUUCAGUCCCUCCGGCCUUCACUCUAGCAGAAAUAAAAAAAAGUGCUACUCCAGGAACCCUGCAGACAGCCGUCUCUCUAACACACAAGCAUACAAACACAGAGGAGAAUGACACACACUUAGAGAGAUGACAAACCAGAGAUGACUUGUUAGCCUCUAGUCAUAUAGUACACAGGAGCAGAGACAAAUCUUCUCACCACAGGAAAUUAAACUUUCUUUUUAAUAUGAACAUUACAGCAGCAGCCACUACAGAUAGCUAACAUUUGGUUAUUAUGAACGAUGCACACUAGAAUUGAGUCAGGAGCCCCAAAACUCUUACACUUAUAAUUAAUAUUCCAAACUGAAAAUAUUUAUUCAUUAGAGGAAAGUAAAUUUAAGGUUAGGAGGCUCACAGAACAAUUUUAGCUCUAUUUCUUAAUGUAUUCAUGGUCUGGCCAAUCACCUCAUUAACAGCUUUCAGUUUUCUCACACAUUCCUUAUAUUCUGUUCAUCCCUGUACAUUUUCCACAUAGCAUGUACAGAGCAUGUCUUGUCACAUGUUCUCAUAUGUUCUUGGCAGAAAACGGAAUGUCACAGAAGAGAUUUACUAGAAAAACACCCCUCCUGCUACCAUUUUGGGGCUCCCAUGGAUUCCUGGAUGAUGCUGGUCAUGCCAGCAGAGCUUUAAGUUGCAAAAGGCCAGAAACAUAGCUAAAAAGAAACAUGCAAGCAACUGUCCAUAGAUAUGGAGACAUCUGAGACAGAAAGAAAAAAAAUGUAGUGGUUAAAAAAGAUUGUGUUCCGUGUUGUCUGGUUGCAGCCUUACUGUUGCCUGUUAAUGCUUGGGGCUAAAACAGGGGGGGUGAAUACUGGUUGAGAAGGAAGCAAGAAAGCAGAAAAGGGGCAGGACUCCCUAAGAUUCAUUGCCAGUUUUUUUUUUUUUUUUUUUUUUUAUGAUUGCCUGUUGGAGAGCAAUCAAGCCACCCCAGAAAUUUUUCAGACGUACACUCAGCUCUCCUCUGAGAAAUGACCACUGAUUUCUUCCCUCUUUUGAAAAGUCAUCCUGUCCUAUCAUUGUAUUUCUUAAUUCUCUGAGUGCAUGGGUCAAGGUGCAUUUGGUUUCCAAGUGACCAUGCUUUUGGACAUCAGAAAUGCUUUGCUUAGAGUGCAUCAUUGGCCCAAACCACUGGAGUGAACUUUAAAUAUUUGAUUAGCGCAUUGUCAGGCAUCAAUUAUUCUGCAGUUCUGCACAGCACACCGAGGGAGAAAGGGAUGGAAAAUGAAUGAAAUGCCUGACCUGUUAAUCGUGAGUACAAUAACUGUAGGAAAAGAUGAGGGGCGACAUUGCAUGCAAACUGUCCAGUUAAUGUAGCUUAUGGAAAAAAGUGAGGUGAAAAUAUUUGGUGGAAUUAGAAAUAUGCAGAUAGAAGAAAAAUACACAUGUGGAUUUGUAUAGAUGCUUCAGUCUCAUGACUUGUGCCCUCAUUAAUUUGAACUGGAACCUGUGAAAUGUCAAUAAUCCAAAACAAACAAACAAAACAAAACAAAAAAAAAAAAUAAUUAAAUAACAAAAAAAAAAAAAAUUAAAACAACAAAAAAAAACCAACCCUGUAAAUUCAUAAAAUGUUUUCCGUUGUAUUUUCAAAUAUAUUUUGCAGUCUUAAAGUAUUAAUAGCUUGAAGAGCUGGUGAAUUUAGAAUUUUAUUUUCACUUGUGUUUUUGAGUAUCUGAUGCAUUUGUGUCUGUGUCUUAAAAAGCCUGUGUUACAGCACCGGCACUCGACAGCGUUGCAUGGCUAUAUAGUCGCACUGCAAAGAACAAAAAAGAGCAAAGGAGCUUGCAUCACUUUGUUGUCAAAAUAGUGAGUUGGAAGCCUCAUUGAUACUGUAUGUUACCUAAAGAGGUAUUCCCUAUUUGCAGACAGAAGGAAAAAAGAUUAUCCUUUUUAAAAGACUCUUUUUUUUUUCUUUCUUUUUAGCCUUUCUUUUAUUUGUUUCUGUAUUAUACUGUCUAUGGUUUUUGCAUAAAAUGCAUAAGGGUUUUGGGAUGUAAAUGGAAUUUUAUUCAUAUUUUGUCCAAAUACCUCUUGUAAUUUGUAUCAGAAUUCUUGUACAAUUUUUAUAUUAAAGAUUUAUCAGUCA